AUGAGCUAUUUAGUUCAGCUGUGCGCCCGGCAGCGCAGGGACCCGGCCGAGCCCGGGCCAGGAGGCGGGGACAGGGACGCGCAGCAGAGCGGGGGCUGCGGGGCCCGCCCCGCUUCCUCGUACCCCCCCGGAACAUCUUACACCUCCUGUUCUUUUUCCCUUCAGCAGGUGCUUCACAGCAUUGCGAGGCAUGGCUGGAGGUCACAUUCUAGUAAACCUGCUCAAAACUUACAUGUAAGCAAACCUGGAGCUGGCUUUAGCUUUGAACUUACUGAAGAACAGAAAGAGUUUCAAGCUACUGCUCGUAAGUUUGCUCUGGAGGAAAUUAUUCCUGUUGCUGCACAAUAUGACAAAACUGGAGAGUAUCCUGUUCCACUUAUAAAAAGGGCUUGGGAACUUGGUCUUAUGAAUUCACACAUACCAGAAAGCUGUGGUGGCCUUGGCCUUGGCAGUUUUGAAGCGUGCCUUAUUACAGAAGAGUUAGCUUAUGGGUGCACAGGGGUUCAAACUGCCAUUGAAGCAAAUUCCCUAGGGCAAAUGCCAGUAAUCAUUGCGGGAAAUGAGCAGCAGCAGAAAAAGUACCUGGGAAGAAUGGUGGAACAGCCACUGAUGUGUGCUUACUGUGUGACAGAGCCUGGAGCAGGCUCUGAUGUGGCUGGAAUAAAAACAAAGGCUGAGAAGAAAGGAGAUGAAUACGUUAUUAACGGUCAGAAGAUGUGGAUCACCAAUGGUGGGAAAGCAAACUGGUAUUUCUUGCUGGCUCGUACCGAUCCAGACCCCAAGGCUCCUGCCAGCAAAGCCUUCACUGGAUUCAUCGUGGAAGCGGAUAGCCCUGGCAUCCAGAUUGGAAGAAAGGAAAUUAAUAUGGGUCAGCGCUGCUCAGAUACAAGAGGUAUUGUCUUUGAAGAUGUGAGAGUCCCCAAAGAAAACGUGUUAAUAGCUGAGGGAGCUGGCUUUAAAAUUGCCAUGGGAGCUUUUGAUAAGACCAGACCACCCGUAGCAGCUGGUGCUGUCGGAUUAGCAAAAAGAGCACUUGAUGAAGCUACUAGAUACGCUUUGGAGAGAAAAACCUUUGGGAAAGCCAUUGUUGAACACCAGGCAGUGUCUUUCCUGCUUGCUGAGAUGGCCAUGAAGGUGGAACUGGCCAGGAUGGCUUACCAGAGAGCUGCCUGGGAGGUCGACGCUGGUCGCAGGAACACCUACUAUGCCUCCAUUGCAAAGGCCUUCGCGGGGGACGUUGCAAACCAAGUAGCUGCAGACGCAGUACAGAUUUUUGGAGGGAAUGGAUUUAAUACUGAAUAUCCUGUAGAAAAACUCAUGAGAGAUGCUAAAAUCUACCAGAUUUAUGAGGGAACCGCUCAGAUUCAAAGGAUGAUCAUAGCUCGGGAACACGUUGGCAAGUUUAAGUCUUAG